CGCGAGUACAUUCGCUUCGCGCGCGUCGUCCAAAGAGUAAACGGUACAUAGAAUUAACUUGUUUUUCAUUGCUUCAAUCUUUAUACGCAAAUUUUAUUUUUUUUUAUUUGUAUUCGUUGUGACUAUCUUUCUCCAUCUAAUCCUAAUUUUCGUCAAAGAAUUUUCGUAAAAAAAAUUCAUGAUAAAAAGAGAAUAAAAAAACAAGGAAACAAUUAAAACGUUCAGUGUACAUGUAUUGUCCAUGGAAAAAAAUACAAAUGGGAUUUUACAAAAUAGGGUAUAUUGGAAUUUCAAGAGUUUCUUGAGAGAACGAAAGUUGUUCCCAAAAACACUACGUGAUCUUGUGAGACUUCGUUAGGGGUAACGAAUACAAGUGAUCUUGAGAAAGAAAGAAAGAAAGACGGAGAUCAAAAAGAAAAACAAAGACGACAAGAAAACAAAAAGAGGAAGGAAGAAAAGAAAAAGGAAAAAGGCGAUGAUGUGCAAAUUUUUUCUUAUAACAAAUAUAUAAUUGUGAUUAAAAUAGAAACUGUGAUAUAAUAUUGCAAAUAUUUUAUUUUAUUUUAAUACUGUCUUGUUUUGGAAAAACGGCAGCAAAAGAUUGAUAAAACGAACACUAUGGCAAAGAAAGAUUUAAAUUUAGAAGAUGGAAAACCUGUACUGGCAGGACAUAGUGCAAACACUAAUCCAGAAAAUGGUCAUUCUGUUCAUGGAAGUGCUGUCAGACAGGUUCUGGCAGCGGUAGUGGCACAACUUGGAACUCUGAACACUGGUAUGGCUUUUGGUUUUUCUGCCAUUGCUGUCCCACAACUACAAGAACCAAAUAGCAGCAUUCCUAUUGGCAAAGGAUCAUCUGAGGAAUCAUGGAUUGCUAGUAUGUCUUCUAUUGGCACUCCUAUUGGAUGUUUAAUAUCUGGAUAUAUGAUGGACGUACUUGGAAGAAAACGAUCUCUUAUUAUCACCGAGAUUCCAGCAUUGCUUGGAUGGAUAUUAAUUGCAUGUGCGACCGAUGUUCGUAUGAUAUAUGCUGGAAGAUUCUUCGUAGGACUUGGAUCAGGCAUGGUGGGUGCUCCAGCGCGUGUUUAUACAGGAGAAGUGACUCAACCUCAUCUACGGGGAAUGUUGACCGCUUUUGCAAGUAUUGGAGUCAGCACUGGUGUUCUGAUCGAGUAUUUUUUGGGAAGCGUACUUACGUGGAAUGUCUGUGCAGCUAUUAGUGGAAUUUUACCUCUUGCCGCUCUUUUGUUAAUGUUUUUCUUUCCUGAAACACCUUCGUAUCUUAUAUCUCGCAGUAGACCUGAAAAGGCACGAGAGGCGUUACAACAAGUUCGUGGUAGUACGUACAAUAUUAAUCAGGAAAUGGAAACACUUAUUAAUUUUUCUAACGAGCGCGAUGUUAAGCGUCCGAAAGGAUUUCGAGAAAUAAUUAGAGCUCUUUUAAAACCGAAUGCUAUCAAACCUUUUACUCUAUUGUUUUUAUACUUUUUAAUAUAUCAAUGGUCAGGUACAAAUGUAAUAACUUUUUAUGCCGUUGAAAUUUUUAAUGAUUCAGGGGCAACAAUAAACAAGUACUUAGCUGCGGUAAUUCUCGGGAUAAUAAGAUUAAUAUCAACUAUUGCUGCUUGUAUCUUGUGUAGAAAGAGUGGACGAAGACCUCUCACAAUGGUUUCGUCUGUCGGUUGUGGACUUUCUAUGGUAGGAUUAGGUGGAUAUAUGUGGUUAAAAAGCUAUUGGACUGCGAAUAAUCUUCCAUUUAUUGCUACUUGGAUACCUGUUUUAUGUAUAUUUUCAUACACUAUUGCUUGCACGCUUGGUUUUCUUGUUAUUCCUUGGAUAAUGAUAGGUGAGGUGUAUCCAGUGCAAGUACGUGGUAUUAUUGGCGGUUUAACUACAAUGGCAGCCCAUUCUUUUAUCUUUACAGUAGUUAAAACAUAUCCAUAUUUAACUAGUAUACUUACUACGCAUGGUACUUUUAUUUUUUAUGGUUGUAUAUCUUUAUUCGGAACGAUAUAUUUUUAUUUAUGUCUUCCCGAAACUAAAGAUAAAACACUUCAAGAAAUAGAAGAUUACUUUUCCGGUAGGAACAAUAAUUUAAGAACUAGAAAUAUAGAUAACCAUAAACCAAAGGUGUUACAAGUGAAAAAGGGUCAGAUAUUGCCUUGAAUUAUUUAUAAAUAAUAUUUUAAUAGACGUAAAUUAAUAA